CUGUCUUCUUAAAAGAAAUUAAGCUGAAAAUGGAGGCCGAGGACAACGUUGUUGGGGCGCUAUUCUUGCAGAACGGGGAGGACAACAGCUAUAACCCGGAGGAUUUUGUGCUGGAUCUGGACGUAGGGGGCUCGGCGCCGCACUUCCGUAUCUCAGUAGCAGACGACGACGGCGGUAUUCCCGGAUCGCUCUUCGCAUGCGCUGUCUGGAAUGGAGCGAGGUUUAUAGCUAUGCAUUUCGCCAACCAUCCAAAGCUCGUGGAAGGUCGCAGUCUCGUGGAAUUCGGCGCAGCUUCAGCUCUACCGUCGCUUGUAGCGCUGCAUUUCGGGGCCAAGUUGGCUGUGAUGACGGACUAUCCGAACGACUUGUUGUUGAAAAAUAUUGAGACGAAUAUCAAGCGUAAUGAGCAUCUGUUGGGCAUUGGGAGACGCGAAGUCCGAGGACAUCUUUGGGGAAGUGACACAAGGGGGCUGCUAAAGUGUCUCGCUUCUUCGACGUCAGAUGCGGAUGUUGGUGAGAAGGAUCCUGAAAGUUCAGAAGACUUGACGGAAACUCGAUUUGAUGUGGUUGUUGUUGCGGAGUGUCUAUGGUUGCAUGACUUGGUAAGCUCCUGAUUACUGUUGCUGAGAGCUCUCAGGUGUUGAUUUUUUUUUCCUUCUUGCUGUCGGUUUAUCAGCACGAAGACUUGCUGAAAUCUAUUGACGCGUGUCUGGCACCAGGAGGAAAGGUGCGAUAGAUGUGCUAUUAUUUUGAAUUAUAUCUCAGUUAACGUUGUGAUCGGUUGGGUUGUGUUGUGUUUGCUGUGUUAUUGGAUGGGACAGGUGUUUGUGAGCUUUGCACACCAUGUUCCAGGUCACGAAGAGCACGAUUUAUCGUUCUUCAUUAAGGCGAAGAAGCUGUAUGGGUUCGAUGCUGUUCAUCUGGACACGCUAGCCUCGCCGCACAUUUUUAAUGCUGACAGAAUCGUCGACCAGUACUUGUACCUACUUACGCGGUCCAGCGAGCAUUCUACAGUUUGACAGAUGAUCCUAGUUUGUUCUGCUCGUUCAGGCGUCAUUGUGCAUUCAAAGCACAUAAGUAAAGACAAAAUGAUACUUAGUACUUGCAAACUCAAC